GAGGGCCAUAAAUCCCUAACUCUAAACACUGGCAGCUCCUGAGAUCAAGCGGAAAGCAGGUCAGAGGGGGAGUCUGGGGAGAAGAAUCCAGCACCAGAUUCUGUGGCCUGCAGGUUACAUGCCGUGUAAGAGGAGCAGGGGCCUGUGACAGCCACCCCAAUACCUGAAGCCAUGGCCAGUGGGGAAGAUGAGCCGAGGAACUGCGCAGUGUGUGGGGACCGGGCUACAGGCUACCACUUCCAUGCCCUGACUUGUGAGGGCUGCAAGGGUUUCUUCAGGAGAACAGUCAACAAAAGCACCAGCCUCACGUGUCCCUUUGCUGGAAGCUGUGAGGUCAACAAGGCCCAGAGGCGCCACUGCCCAGCCUGCAGGUUGCAGAAGUGCUUGGAUGCUGGCAUGAAGAAGGACAUGAUCCUAUCGGCAGAAGCCCUGGCAUUGCGGCGAGCAAGACAGGCCCAGCGACGGGCACAGCAAGCGUCGAUGCAGCUGAGUAAGGAGCAGAAAGAGCUAGUCCGGACACUCCUGGGGGCCCACGCUCGCCAUGUGGGCACCAUGUUUGACCAGUUUGUGCAGUUCAGGCCACCAGCUCAGCUGUUCAUCCAUCACCAGCGUUUGCCCACCCUGGUCCCCGUACUGCCCCUGCUCAUGCAUUUUGCAGAUGUCAACACUUUCAUGGUACAGCAAAUCAUCAAGUUCACCAAGGAUCUGCCCCUUUUUCGGUCCUUGCCCAUGGAGGACCAGAUCUCCCUUCUCAAGGGAGCAGCUAUAGAGAUCUGUCAAAUUGCACUUAACACCACUUUCUGUCUCCAAACACAAAACUUCCUCUGUGGGCCUCUUCGCUACACCAUAGAAGAUGCAGCACAAGCGGGGUUCCAGGAAGAGUUUUUGGAGUUCAUCUUUGGCUUCCAUAGGACACUGCGCCGACUACAGCUCCGGGAGCCUGAGUAUGUGCUCAUGGCUGCAGUGGCCCUCUUCUCUCCUGACCGGCCUGGAAUAACCUGCAAGGAGGAGAUCGACCAGUUGCAAGAGGAGAUGGCGCUGACUCUGCAGAACUACAUCCAAGGCCAGCAGCCGCGGCCCCGGGACCGGUUUCUAUAUGCGAAGCUGCUGGGCCUGUUGGCUGAUCUCCGAAGCAUUCAUGAUGCAUUUUGGUACCAAAUCCAGAACAUCCAGGGACUGUCCACCAUGAUGCCACUGCUCCAGGAGAUCUGCAGCUGAGGCCCAAUCU